GUUUGAAGAUGGCACAGUCUCUUUUCUUGAUAUCAUUGCUCUGAAACAUGGAUUUGAUGUUCUGGAAAAACUCACAGGUGGAAUGGAGAAAAUAAAACAGCAUACCUUUGCAUUAGCUUACUACACCUAUAGUGUGCUGUCUGAGUUAAAAUAUGCCAAUGGGGCUCCUGUAGUACGUAUUUACAGCGAUACAGAUUUCAGCAAUCCUGAUGUCCAGGGUCCAAUCAUUAAUUUUAAUGUGCUUGAUGAAAAUGGAGAAGUGGUCGGCUUUUCACAGGUGGACAAGAUGGCCAGUCUCCACAACAUACACGUCCGCACGGGUUGCUUCUGUAACACGGGAGCCUGCCAGAUGCAUUUGGAUAUAAGCAAUGAGGACAUCCAAAGGAACCUGCAGGCUGGCCAUGUCUGUGGAGAUGACAUAGACCUAGUUGAUGGACAUCCUACUGGUUCUGUGAGAAUAUCCUUUGGCUACAUGUCUUCUUUUGAAGAUGCACAGACCUUUUUGAAUUUCAUCAUAGGCACCAGGCUCUCAAAAUCGGACACUGAGGUUCCUUUCCAGUCUGUUACAAAGCUGACGACAGAUUCUGUUCCAGAUGACCAUCCUUCCUUUAACAAUGCAGAUAAAUUGUCUCCAAUACUGCAAAUCUCAGACAGAGAACUCAGGAAUAAUCUAUCUGUGACAAAGACAACUGGCAGCCGGCAGCCACGGGAGGCUGAGCCAGAAAGCAUAAGGGCAGCUGUUUCUGAGACUGCAGUGCCAACAUGUAGAAAAGGUGGAAAGCCCACCACUGUCACCAAGCUUUACCUCUACCCAAUCAAGUCCUGCUCUGCAUUUGAGGUUACAGAAUGGCCAGUAGGAAACCAGGGCUUGCUGUAUGAUCGGAACUGGAUGGUUGUCAACCAGAAUGGAGUCUGCAUGACUCAGAAGCAGGAGCCAAGGUUGUGUCUUGUAAAUCCCUCAAUUGAUCUGAAACAAAAAAUUAUGGUCAUUCAGGCAGAAGGCAUGGACCCAAUAUCUGUAUCCCUAGAAGACAAUACUGGGAAAGAGGCUGUGAUCUGUGAGAGUAAAGUCUGUUCACACAGGUGAGUGAGAGCAG